AUGGCGGCGGUGUCGAUGUCGGAGAUGCGGGAGGGAAGGCCCCCCCCCGGGGCCGGGCCGGUGCCCGAAGCGGCCCGUCCUUCCUGUUCACCUCCCAGAGGCGGGGCUGGGGGCCAUCGGGGGCGUCCCCCCCAGAUGGAGUGGACGGCCCGGCGGCUGGUGUGGGUCCUCGAGACGCAAGGCUUCGAGGCGGCGGCCCUGCGGGACCAGGGGCCCGAGGAGGCCGAGGUGGGAGCUGGCGGAGAGCGGGAGCGGCUGAGGCUGCCCAGGACGCAGGUUGCAGCCAUGAACCCGCCCAAGUUCAGCAAGGCCGAGGACAUGGCCGACCUCACCUGCCUCAACGAGGCCUCCGUCCUGCACAACCUGCGGGAGCGCUACUACUCGGACCUCAUCUAUACGUACUCUGGCCUCUUCUGCGGGGUCAUCAACCCCUACAAGCAGCUGCCCAUCUACACCGAGGCCAUCGUGGAGAUGUACCGGGGGAAGAAGCGCCACGAGCUUCCGCCCCACGUUUACGCCGUCACAGAGGGGGCCUAUCGCAGCAUGCUGCAAGAUCGUGAGGACCAGUCCAUCCUCUGCACGGGCGAGUCUGGUGCAGGAAAGACGGAGAACACCAAGAAGGUGAUCCAGUAUCUGGCCCACGUGGCCUCCUCCCCAAAGGGCCGCAGGGAGCAGGGCGGCCCGACUGCCGGCGUUGUGUCCUAUGGUGAGCUGGAGAAACAGCUUCUUCAGGCCAACCCCAUCCUGGAGGCGUUUGGCAACGCCAAGACGGUUAAGAACGACAACUCCUCCCGAUUCGGUAAAUUCAUCCGCAUCAAUUUUGACGUGGCUGGCUAUAUCGUGGGAGCCAACAUCGAGACCUAUCUGUUGGAGAAAUCUCGGGCCAUCCGCCAGGCCAAGGAUGAAUGCAGUUUCCAUAUUUUCUACCAGUUGCUGGAGGGAGCUGGGGAGAAGCUGAAGGAUGACCUCCUCCUGGAGCCGUGUUCCCAAUACCGUUUCCUGACGAACGGGCCGGGGCCGGGAUCAGCUCAGCAGGAGCGGGAACUGUUCCAGGAGACCCUGGAGUCUCUGCGAGUGCUUGGCUUCACCCAUGAAGAAAUCACCUCGAUGCUGCGGAUCGUGUCGGCGGUGCUCCAGUUUGGAAACAUCACCCUGCGGAAGGAAAGGAACACGGACCAGGCCACCAUGCCGGACAACACAGCUGCUCAGAAGCUGUGUUGCCUGCUGGGUCUGGGGGUGACCGAUUUCUCUCGGGCCCUCCUCUCCCCACGCAUCAAAGUUGGCCGGGACUACGUGCAGAAGGCUCAGACGAAGGAGCAGGCGGACUUUGCCCUGGAGGCCCUGGCCAAGGCCUCCUACGAGCGACUCUUCCGCUGGCUGGUCAUGCGGCUGAACCGAGCCCUGGACCGCAGUCCCCGCCAGGGAGCCUCCUUCCUGGGCAUCCUGGACAUCGCAGGCUUCGAGAUCUUCCAGCUGAACUCCUUCGAGCAGCUAUGCAUCAACUACACCAACGAGAAGCUGCAGCAGCUGUUCAACCACACCAUGUUCGAGCUGGAGCAGGAGGAGUACCAGCGGGAGGGCAUCGCCUGGACCUUCGUGGACUUCGGCCAGGACCUGCAGCCCUGCAUCGAACUCAUCGAGAAGCCCGCCAACCCUCCCGGCCUGUUGGCGCUCCUGGAUGAGGAGUGCUGGUUCCCCAAGGCCACGGACCGCAGCUUCGUGGAGAAGGUGUUCCAGGAACAGUCCGGCCACCCCAAACUUCAGCGGCCACGCCAGCUGCGUGACCAGUCCGACUUCAGCGUGGUGCACUACGCGGGCAAGGUCGACUACAAGGCCUCGGAGUGGCUGAUGAAGAACAUGGACCCCCUGAACGACAACGUGUCGGCCCUCCUGCACCACAGCUCCGACCGACUCACGGCCGAGAUCUGGAGGGAUGUGGAAAGCAUCGUGGGUCUGGAGCAGGUGAGCAGUCUAGGCGAGGGGUCAGGGGUCGGGCCGGGGGGCCGCCCCCGCCGGGGCAUGUUCCGCACCGUGGGGCAGCUCUACAAGGAAUCGCUGAGUCGCCUCAUGAGCACCCUGAACAACACCAACCCCAGCUUCGUCCGCUGCAUCGUGCCCAACCACGAAAAGAGGGCGGGGAAGCUGGAGCCUCACCUGGUGCUGGACCAGCUCCGCUGUAACGGGGUCCUGGAGGGCAUCCGCAUCUGCCGACAAGGGUUUCCCAAUCGCAUCGUCUUCCAGGAGUUCCGCCAGAGGUACGAAAUCUUGACUCCUAAUGCCAUCCCCAAGGGCUUCAUGGACGGGAAACAGGCUUGUGAGAAGAUGAUCAAGGCCCUGGAUCUGGACCCGAACCUAUACCGCGUCGGGCAGAGUAAGAUUUUCUUCAGGGCUGGGGUGCUGGCCCAGCUGGAAGAGGAGAGAGACCUCAAGGUCACGGACAUCAUCGUCUCCUUCCAGGCUGCCGCCCGUGGCUACCUGGCCCGCAGGGCAUUCCACAAGCGACAGCAGCAGCAGAGUGCCCUGAGGGUGAUGCAGAGGAACUGCGCUGCCUACCUCAAGCUGAGGAACUGGCACUGGUGGAGACUCUUCACCAAGGUGAAGCCCCUGCUGCAGGUGACGCGGCAGGAUGAGGUGCUGCAGGCCAGGGCCCAGGAGCUGCAGAAGGUUCAGGAGCAGCAGCUGCAGAGCGAGCAGCGGCUCAGAGAGCUGCAAGAGACCCUGCACCAGCUGGAGAAGGAGAAGUUGUCUUUGGUGGAGCAGCUGCGGUCAGAGGCGGCCCUGUGUGCCGAGGCGGAGGAGCUGCGAGUCCGGCUGUCCAACCGCAAGCAGGAACUGGAGGCCUUAGUGGCCGGACUGGAGACCCGCAUGAGUGAGGAAGAGGAGCGCAGCGGCCAGCUGCUCAACGAGAAGCGAAGGCUUCAGCAGCACGUGCAGGAGCUCGAGUCGCACCUGGAAGCAGAGGAGGGGGCCCGGCAGAAGUUGCAGCUGGAGAAAGUGACGACCGAGGCCAAGCUCAAGGAGCUGGAAGAGCAGCUGCUCCUCCUGGAGGACCAGAACGCCAAGCUGGGCAAGGAGCGGCGGCUGCUGGAAGAACGUCUGACGGAGUUCUCGGCUCAAGCGGCCGAGGAGGAGGAGAAGGUGAAGAGCUUGAACAAACUGAGGCACAAGUAUGAGGCGGUCAUCGCCGACAUGGAGGAGCGCCUGAGGAAGGAGGAGAAGGGGCGGCAGGAGCUGGAGAAGCUGAAGCGGCGCCUAGAUGGGGAGAGCUCGGAGCUGCAGGAGCAGAUGCUGGAGGCGCAGCAGCGAGGGGAAGAACUCCGGGCCCAAUUGGGCCGCAAGGAGGAGGAGCUGCAGGCCGCUCUGGCCAGGGCGGAGGAGGAGGGCGGUGCCCGAGCAGGGCUGCUCAAGUCUCUGAGGGAAGCCCAGGCGGGGCUGGCGGAAGCGCAGGAGGACCUGGACGUGGAGCGAGCGGCCCGGGCCAAGGCCGAGCAGCAGCGCCGGGACCUCGGCGAAGAGCUGGAGGCCCUCAGGGGGGAACUGGAGGACACCUUGGACUCCACCAACGCCCAGCAGGAGCUCCGGUCCAAGCGGGAGUUGGAGCUGUCGGAGUUGAAGAAGGCACUGGAGGAGGAGGCCCGGAACCAUGAGGCGGUGGUGCAGGAGCUGAGGCAGCGGCAGACCCAGGCCCUGGCGGAGCUGGGAGAGCAGCUGGAUCAGGCGCGACGGGGCAAGGCGGCGUGGGAGAAGAUGCGCGUGACCCUGGAGGUGGAAGUGUCGGAUCUGCAGUCCGAGCUGAAGGGGCUGCAGGCGGCCAGGCAGGAGGGGGAGCAGCGGCGGCGGCGGCUGGAGGGCCAGCUGGCCGAGCUGCAGGCCCGGGCCGGAGACGGGGAGCGCUCGCGAGCCGAGGCCACGGAGAAGCUGCAGAGGGCACAGGCCGAGCUGGAGAGCGUGUCCGGGGCUCUGGGCGAGGCAGAAUCCAAGGCCAUCAAACUGAGCAAGGAGCUGAGUGGCGUGGAGGCCCAGCUGCGUGACACCCAGGAGCUGCUGCAGGAGGAGACCCGGGCCAAGCUCGCGCUGGGCUCGCGGGUGCGUGGGCUGGAAAGCGAGGCCGCGACCUUGCGCGAGCAGCUGGAGGAGGAAUUGGCUGCCAAGGAAAGCGCUACUCAACAGCUGCAGGCCACCCAGCUCCAGCUGUCCGAGUGGCGGCGGAAGCAGGAGGAGGAUGCAGCGGCGGCCGAGGCCGGGGAGGAGGCCCGGCGCCGGGCGUCCCGGGAGGUGGAGGUGCUGGCCCAGCGGCUGAACGAGCGGUCCGAGGCGGCGGAGCGGGCCGAGCGGGGGCGGCGCCGGCUGCAGCAGGAACUGGACGAUGCCACCAUGGCGUUGGAGCAACAGAGGCAGCUGGUGGGCGGGCUGGAGAAGAAGCAGAGGAAGUUUGACCAGCUGCUGGCGGAGGAGAAGGCGGCGGUGCAGCGGGCAGUGGAGGAGCGAGAUCGAGCGGAGGCGGAGGGCCGGGAGCGGGAGGCCCGGGCGCUGGCCCUGGCGCGGGCCCUGGAGGAGGAGAAGGAGCAGCGAGAGGAUCUGGAGCGGCAGAACCGGACCCUGCGGGCCGAGCUGGAGGAGCUGGUCAGCUCCAAGGACGACGUGGGCAAGAGCGUGCACGAGCUGGAACGGGCACGGCGGGCGGCCGAGCAGCAGGCCGCGGAGCUGCGCGCCCAGCUGGCGGAGCUGGAGGAUGAGCUGUUGUUGGCUGAGGAUGGGAAACUGAGGCUGGAGGUCACGGCCCAGGCACUGAAGGCGCAGCACGAGCGUGAGCUGCAGGGCCGCGAUGAGGCCGGGGAGGAGCGAAGGAAGCUUCUGGCCAAGCAGCUGCGGGAAACAGAGCUGGAGAGGGACGAGGAACGGAAACAGCGGGCGGCGGCGGUGGCCGCCCGGAAGAAGGCGGAGACGGAACUGGAGGAGCUCAAGGCCCAGACGGAAGGCGCCAUCAAGGGCCGAGAGGAGGCUGGGAAGCAACUCAAGAAGCUGCAGCUGCAUAUGAAGGAGCUGUGCCUAGAAGUGGAAGAGUCCAGGACGUCCCGAGAAGAAAUCUUCACUCAGUCCCGGGACAGCGAGAAGAGGCUGAAGGGGCUGGAGGCCGAGCUGCUGCGGCUGCAGGAGGAACUGGCGGCCUCCGACCGGGCCAAGAGGCAGGCGCAACAGGAGAGGGACGACAUGGCUGACGAGGUGGCCAACGGCAACCUAAGCAAGGCGGCCUGGUUGGAGGAGAAGCGGGUGCUGGAGGGGCGGCUGGGGCAGCUGGAAGAGGAACUGGAGGAGGAGCAGAGCACCGGGGAGCUGCUCAACGACCGAUACCGCAAGCUGCUGCUGCAGGUGGAGUCUCUGACCACGGAGCUGUCCACGGAGCGGAGUUUCGCUGCCAAGGCGGAGAGCGCGCGGCAGCAGCUGGAGCGGCAGGUGCAGGAACUGCGGGGGCGGCUGGGCGAGGAGGACGCCGGGGCCCGGGCCCGGCACAAGGCCCUCAUCGCCGCUCUGGAGGCCAAACUGGCCCAAGCCGAGGAGCAGCUGGAGCAGGAGACCAGAGAGCGGAUCCUGUCGGGGAAGUUAGUGCGCCGGGCCGAGAAGCGUCUGAAGGAAGUAGUGCUGCAGGUGGAGGAGGAGCGGCGGGCGGCUGACCAGUUCCGGGACCAGCUGGAGAAAGGGUCCCUGCGGGUGAAACAGCUGAAGCGGCAGCUGGAAGAGGCAGAGGAGGAGGUGUCGCGGGCCCAGGCCGGCCGCCGCCGCCUGCAGCGCGAGCUGGAGGAUGUCACCGAGUCCGCCGAGUCCAUGAACCGCGAGGUCAACACCCUGCGCAACAGGCUCCGCCGCGGUCCCCUGACCUUCACCACGCGGACAGUGCGCCAGGUGUUCCGCCUCGAGGAAGGGGUGGCGUCCGACGAGGAACGGGAAGAGGCUGAGGGGGGAGGGCAAGCUCCCCAGCCCCCUGAGCAAGACGGGGCCGCGGCCCAGCCCGAGUGAGCCCCCGCCCCUACGGUCCGUCCCCCCCCCCCCCCCGCAGACUGGACGGGGUCCUCGGCCUCCCCGGCUCUCUCCAGGAAUGGUACACCUUGGCCCCCCUUCCCUGCCCCCAUUUCUUGCUUCCCACCCUCUGAGAAGGUGUCUGUCUGGUUGAGGCAGGCCCUUUAGCCCUUGUGAGGAAAUCCCACCUCCCUGGUGGAGCCCAGCCACCCCCUCCCGCCUACCCAGAAAGGGGUGGGGACAGGAGUAUAGGAAGCCCAGAGUGGGGUGUCAUUUGCGGGGGGUCCGGAUCGUCCAGACCUUCCCCCUAGUUCUCUCCUGACUCUCCCCCUGGGAUCUGAGGCUCUUUCUGCAGCAAUAAAAGGGGUGAGGGGUGACAGUCUUGUAUCUCUCCCCACAUCUGGGACUGGGGAUCCCACCCCCACCCCCACCCCAUCAUCCCUCUCUCCCCCCACUUUGCUCAGAUGGCUUGUGUGAUUUUUUUUUAAGGUUUGAAUUUCUCAUCUGGGUGGGCCCUCUCUCCCCAUGCCCCAGGAUUUAGGGGCAAGAUUGGGUCACCGAAUAGGGUUCCUCUCCCCCUGAGCCCCGACCCGGGAGCAGCCACAGCACCCCAAAAUAAAUCAGAACUCGAACCUGA